AUGGAGUUUAAUCUAUCACUUCUUCCAUCAACCCAUCUGAAUACUAAAACUAAACCUGGAUCCGUACUUGAAGGUCUACUUGAUGCCCCAGUGUGCCCUAUAAGUUGGGAUACUGAGACAGAGUGCGACCAGUGUCCAGGGAUAUCUGAAUGCAUUAGGUUCAGGUCUCAUCAGACCUUAAAUUAUUUUCCACCAACUCAACCUGGUCAGGGAAUCUCAUUCUCUCCCGAUCCUACAAGAUCUUCGUUAUUCCCAGUUUAUAACCAAGUAUCACCUUUCCUGUACCAACCAGAGUACCCAGAGCAGCAGAUGUUUUCUCAUACAGAAUAUGGUUCUCAGCUUAGCUUGGAUGGUGACAUUAUAAUUGUUGUUUCUGACGAGGAGAUGUCUUACAUUGAUCAAAACAUGGAUAUUCCAACCUCUGGGUCUGAUAUAAGUGAUCUAGAAAUAGAAAACCUUCUCUCCCCUAAGUCAGAUUGUAAUCAAAGCCAACCCUGCCUUAAUCAAGAAUUUCAAUUCAACCUUUCCCUGUUCCCACAGCCCUUAAGAAAGCCCGUGAAAAGAACCCGUGUUUCCGCAGAUAUGCUGACCAAGUGCGUGAACUGUAUGACCUUAAAGACGAGCUUAUGGAGGAAGGAUGAAGAGGGUAGACCGGUGUGUAACGCCUGUGGUCUUUAUUAUUGUACUAGAAGCACUUAG